GGUCAGACGGCAGAAAGCCGUGUGGGAAUAAGUAAUGUUUUGUUCAAGGAACUACACUCCAAUUGUCGUUCACAACAAGAGUAUGGUGUGCUAUUAAAUGUGGCAGUGCCAACCUCGUUGUUGUUCGAAGGGGCGGACAACAGGUUGAGAAUUCGUCUAAAUUUUUCGACAAACUCGAGGCUUGGUGAUCAGGAACCGUGGAAAAAAUAUUCAGAUUCUGCGUGAAUCGAGAAUAAUAAUAACAUAUUCGGAUUUCCCUGUUUUGUUUGUUAGGAGAGCGCCAUGAUAUUAGUACCGGUGUAAAUGGAGUCUCCACGUGUUGAACCGUGCUGGGUAUGAGUGGAAGCAUAAGUUCAGAGGAUUUGACUACUGUAAGCUCAGAGGAGUUUGAUGGGCCAAAGAUCUGGUUGCCAAGGUAUGAGGCAGGGGAAAUUGUCUCUCUUUUUGCCAACAUCGGGCUUCGGUGUGUGUUUUUAGUUUUUGGACACAAUGAAUGCAGAAGCAUAGAAGGCAAUUGAGGUGGGAAGAGUUCAAAAUACAAGAAGAUAGGGAAAGUUGACAGAUCGAAGUGUGCAGGAAAGGUAUAAACGAUUUAAAUUGCUGAGCUUCAAAUAUCGUUUCUCUUAAAUUUAAGCCGAUCUCGGCUUAAAUUUAAGAGAAAUAGAAGCGCUUGGCAGCGUUUUCUGGUUAAAGAAGCGCAAGAGCUCGAAAUCCCGGCGAGUCUCAAAAGUCCUCCGUUUUUACAGCAUUUUUUUCAGAAAUCGAAGAAAAAUACAAUUUGGCUCGGUGAGUUUGCAUUCUGAGGAAAGCAGAAGAGAAGAGUCCUGAUGAAUUGGGUGUCGGUUUCUUUUUGUUUUUUGGGCGCACGUCACGAGAAAUCCAUGGGGCGGCAAGAGACUUUCGACGCCGACCGUUCAAACCUCAGUUUGUUUCAUAGUUAGUCAAACACGCACGGCUUGCUUUAUUUUCUUCGCGGAAAUCGAGGGUGCUUGAGCGAGACGGUUGGAUUCAUCACUAAAAAGUGCAUUUUCAAUUCAACAAACUUAAGUUUCUUGGCGGUGGAGAUUUCUUUUCUUUUUUUUAACAAUCAAAAGAGAAGACUUGGGGAUGGAGGCCUUUUCCUGCACACAGCCGGGCAGAUCCGUGAGUUUAUUUUCAGAGACGCACACUGUGUCUGUACCGAGCUUUAAAGGCCGUCAUAGUAAUGUGAAAUGCAGUGCUUCUCCUCGCAAUGCAAAUGUAAAUGGCGGAUCAGUUGCAGAGACCAGCCGUUCUCCGUUGAGGCUCUUUUGGUUUGUUAAGGGAGGCAGGGAACACAACAACAUUGGAAAACAGUUGGAUGAAGAUUCAAAUAUUUCACUGCUGAAUGGAACCAUGGAUUUGAACCUCAGGGAAUCCUUACAAGAGAAAUCCCGGAUUGAAGAAGAAGAUUCCUAUGAGCACUAUGGGGGGACUGACUCUGAUGAUCAAGAUGAAGAAGAUCCUUCUUUCGGAGUUGCAGAUGGGAAUAGAAAUGGGUAUUUUGACGAGCCCAGUGAGUCCGAUGAGGGGGAGGGGAUCUCCUCUGUAGAGCGUGGAAACUGGGUUGAAAAAAUACUGGAGAUGAGAUCAUUUUGGAAGGACAAGGACAAUUGCAAAUCAGCCGCAGUCAUGGAACCAUUAAAGAACCAGGGUUCUUCUUCUUCCUCUUCUUGUUCAGAAGAUGAUCACGAUGGCGUUUGUGGAUGCUGCUACACAGAUGACAGGUCUGUAAGAUCGCAUAUUCUAGAGGCUCCCGGAACUGAGGCGAAGCAUGAUAGGAACUCUUUCUCCAGGUUCCUGCAUCGUGUCUCUCUGUCUGAGAUCAAAUUUUUUGCCCAAUUGUCGCAACUGUGCAAUAUGGCAUAUAAAAUUCCCAACAUUAAGCCGAAUGAACUCUUAAAGAAUCACCACCUUAGAUUUAUAACCUCAUCUUUGGAGAAGAAAAUGGAAGCUGCUAAGAAGGUGAAGGAAUUAGCUGCAAAUGAUAUGUCUUUGGUUACAUCGUCAGGGAAAAAUAACAGCCACGGCAGUGAAGCAAAGUCAAAAAGGAGGCUCACUGUAAGCCCAGCGGUUGCUUAUGAAAUAGCAGCCGCUGCAGCUUCCUAUUUGCAUUCACAAACUAAGUAUUUACUGCCAUUUAAAUCCAACCAAAAAAAUGAGCAUGAUGUUGACGAAAAUUUGAAAAAUGAGACCAGACAGGCUGGAGAAGAAGAUAAGGACUGUGAGGCACCAGGGAUCAAGGCAGUUGCGAGCAAUGAAGAGGUUGCAAUAGAGGUUACUCCUGGCUGUGAAUAUAAGGGAGCUUUAAUGAACUCUUCAACACACAACGAAUUUUCCAAUGAGAUCUCUAGCCUUUCCAAGUCAGAGGUGGCUUCAUUUAUAGCUACCAGUUCUGUGACUGCAGUAGUGGCCGCUGAGGAGGAAACAAAGCAAGCUGUUGCAAAUGAUUUACAGUCAAUACAUUCUUCUCCAUGUGAAUGGUUCGUUUGUGACGAGGAAAGCACUCAUACACGACUUUUCGUUAUUCAGGGUUCUGAGUCCUUCGCUUCUUGGCAAGCGAAUUUAUUUUUCGAGUCCAUCCAAUUUGAGGGGUUGGGAGUUCUUGUACACAGAGGAAUCUAUGAAGCAGCUAAGGGUAUAUACGAACAAAUGUUGCCUGAGAUUCAUUCUCAUCUGAAAACACAUGGAGAGGAUGCUCGCUUUCGUUUUACAGGCCAUUCACUUGGAGGAAGUCUUUCUGUGUUGGUAAAUUUGAUGCUUCUGAUAAGAGGAGUGCUUCCUGUGUCUUUGCUGCUGCCAGUUAUAACAUUUGGAUCACCAUGUAUAAUGUGCGGGGGUGAUCAUCUACUUAAAAAAUUAGGCCUCCCUACAAGUCACAUACAAUCAGUAAUGAUGCACAGGGAUAUUGUACCCAGAGCAUUCUCAUGCCAUUAUCCUGAUCAUGUUGCAGAAAUUUUAAAGAGAUUAAAUGCCAGUUUUCGCAAUCACCCUUGCCUUGACAAUCUGAGACUCUUGUAUGCCCCAAUGGGACAGUUGCUAAUUCUACAACCUGAUGACCAAGUUUCUCCUCCUCACCAUUUACUCCCUUCUGGGAGUGGCUUGUACAUUCUUCGCCACAUCUUGAACAAUGAAAGUGAUAAUGAACCAUCACGGGAAGUGCAAGUGCGGGCUGCUCAAAUGGCCUUUUUGAAUUCUCCCCAUCCGCUUGAAACCCUGAGCGACCCACAUGCAUAUGGUUCUGAUGGAUGUGUACUUAGGGAUCAUGAUUCUCGAAACUAUCUGAGAACACUUCACAAUGUUAUGAAUCAAGAAAAGAAGCUGCGCCGAAGGUUGUUAAGAAAACAGAGAAGACAAAUGUGGUGGCCUCUUGUUGUGGCUGAAUCUUCGAUGCUGGUUGAAAGAAGCUCCAAAGUAAAUAAUACACCGCACAGAAGCAAGACAUUUGUUGGUGCAGUAAGCACAAUUGACAGCAUUCAAUAUACUCAAGCACCUGGGCAAUUUGGAGUCCCCCUUCGAGUUGGAAUCAUAUUCAGGCGGAGCAAAGACACCCUCAGAAGAUUUGCGAGAUUGAUCGCAUCGCAGCAUAUGCAUAUGGGAGUAUUGUUUCUUCUGUCAACUAGAAUGUUGAUUGUAGAAGUGUGUACAAAAUUCUAUUCAUAGGCACUUUGGCGAUUGCAGAGCUUUUCAUUCUAAUGCAGAUAUAUCACCGGUCUCCUCUAUAUAUAUGUUAGUAUAGUAGUCACGGUUAAGAUUAUUCCACCUCAGACAAUUGCUAGAUUAGGGUAUACUGUUUAGUGGCCACAGGGAAGUUGAAAAAAUCCAUGAUUAUUUGUUUGCAGAGUUGAAAUAUUAUUAUGACACUUCCACCCCUGAGAGGAAUACAUCCUGUGGGUGGAACAUCCUCUAUACCAUGCUGUAAAUCUCAGGAUCAGAUUUCUUUUAGAUAUGAAGUUUAUACGGAAGUUACCUGUUCAGUUUCAAAA